AUGGCUACCGAUUCAUCCAUUUUGGAUGAAUCUCAGGAUACCUUAGGCUUCAAGAGCCCGCAACUGCCUCAAACCCAGUCAAUACUGUUCACAAGGCUACCGGCAGAACUUCGAGAACGUGUGUACUUCUUUGUAUUUGGGGGAUUUCCACGAAUAAAACCGGAUGAGAAGCCCUUAUACUGGAUAAGCGGAGGGGCCCCACGCAGACUAAAAAAUCACGCCGUGGACAAGUCAAUGACAUUAUUGCAAGCUUGUCAACGAAUGUACUUCGAGGCAUUCGACUUUUUCUACCAAAAUAUCACAUUCAAAGUAUUUACGCCCUUGACGGAUGUUACCUUGUUCCCAACUGCAGCGCAUAACAGUAUACGUACUCUCUGGGUUGAUAUACGACUCAAUUCGGAACUUGGCUGUGACUGCUGUGACGAAAAAGUUGAGGGCUACUUCGAUGAAGCCACCUGGAGCAAAACAGUCAAGGUCCUCAACGAACGGCUCCCAGGUCUACGACACUUGCAUAUAAGCAUUAUUCGACGUAAAGAAAGUAGAUCAGGGGAUUAUUUCAGACCACUUCUAGAAGAAAAGGUCUACCCUACUUUGAUGGGGAUGAAAAAGCUGCAUUGUUUCCAGGUAGUUGUGAAUUUCGAGAAUGUGGUACCAGCAAAUGCACCGUUUGAGAUGGUCACCAGUGAAUAUUCGGCUGCAUAUGAGAUUCAAAGUGAACGGGAAUGGCUAUCCGAUGAAACAGAAGAGGAAGAGAGCACAGACAAUGUCGAGGAAGAGUACGUUACCCAGUAUAAGAGAGAGAGAAACGAUAGUGUUGAUGGAUGGAAAAUUGUCUUUCACUAA